GGAAAAGAAGAGUUCAUGGUUUCUGGUUUGCAUAUUAGCAGAGGCUGAAUAGGCAUAAAGGAGACUAUAGUGCGGGUGAGAAGUGUCGAGCCACUUGCAAGGUUUUGCUCGUAAACAAGAAGAAAUGAAUCCUACACAUGAUGAUCCAGUGUCUGGAACCAUUUUUGACUGGGACUAUCUCUUAUGGGAAGUUCGUUUAACGUUUUUAGCUGCUGGUUUUUUAAUCUACUUGGGAGUAUUUCUUCUGUCUCACUGGUUGUCUUCAUGGUUGAGUACCACUUAUCAUGCCUUGUAUGCAAAAGAGAAGGUGUUUUGGAAUAUGGCAGUCACACGUGGUGUGUUUGGACUUCAGAGUUGUGUUGCUGGGUUAUGGGCUUUGCUCAUAGAUCCUGUUUUUCAUGCUGACAAAGUGUAUUCACAGCAAAAGUGGAGUUGGUUUAACUGUUUAAUAGCUGCUGGAUUUUUCUUGCUUGAAAAUGUAGCUGUUCACAUGUCCAACAUUAUUUUUAGAACAUUUGAUGUGUUUGGUAGUUCAUCACUUGCUUGCUUUUGGUGGCUUGGCUGGUCUAGUAAUAAUGUGAAAUCUGGACACUAUCUGCCUUUGAUGGGAAUGUUGCUGGAGAUGAGUACUCCCUCAACAUGCAUUUCCUGGAUGCUUCUAAAGGCUGGCUGUGCUAACACCUUUUUCUGGAAGGCAAACCAGUGGGUGAUGAUCCACCUGUUUCACUGCCGUAUGAUUCUUACUUACCACAUGUGGUGGGUGUGUAUUUUCAAUUGGAAUUCUGUGCUGGAAAAUCUGGGACUUCUUCAUUUUAUUGUUUUAUUCUCGGGAUUAUUUGCCGUUACUCUAAUACUUAACCCAUACUGGACAUACAAAAAAACUCAUCAACUCCUCAGCCCAACUGACUGGAACUUUGAAAAUAAAGCAGUGGAAAAUGGAAGAUUAAAUGGUGAAACACAUCAAAAGAAGAGGAUAUAACACUGAAACAGCUGUUUCUUAGUAGGGUAGCAGAAGAAUGCAAUGCGAAGUAAUUCUUUGGCCAUGAACUAGAAGCUUUUGCCAGAAGCUCAUUAACACAGUGAUUCCUUGCUGGUAGUAUUCUGUACGCACCAUAAGUAUUUAAAAGCAUUGUUUGAGUUUCAUAUGUACAUACACAUAAGAUCUUCAACCUCUUAGUUAUGAAUUAUGCCAACAAUUUUGUCAGGUUGGACAGUAUUUCAUGAUUUAGUAGUGACAUGCUCUCUAAUGGCAUCAUUUGUCCUAGUGCUUCCAAGUGGCUUUACAGUUAAUUUGGCUGUUAAGCUCAGCUUGAAUCAAGUUUAGCCUGAAUCCUAUUUCACAUAUGUCAGAGAUACUGAUACUGGAAAUUAUGUUGUUUAUUAAGAUCAAUUAUGACCCAGGUUAGGUAUGCAUGGAUACCUAGUUCCUGUGUGCCAUUAAGUCAUUCCAGGUGGCUGAAUUGCUCAGUGGUAGAAUGCAGUCAUGGCUGGGUUUUGGGGUUUUUUGUUUGUUUGGGCUUUGUUUGUUUGUUUCUUUUUUCUUUUAAGUGCACUUGAGGAAGGUGAUUGAGUGUUCACUGUUGAAGUGAGUUGUAGUUUCCAGGUUGCCCUUGGUACGGAAGGAGUUCCACACAAACAUGCAUGUGGGGGAUGCAGGCGUUCAUUAUGCUGGUGGUCUAGCUAGGUAAUCAUAGUGGUCCCUUCUGGUCUUGAAAUCAGUGAAAUGCAAGAGGCAAUGACAGAAUGUUUGACUCUGUCUCAUCCUUGAAAAGAUUGCUGGUUGAUUAGUAAAAUUAUUUUUCUUGUAGGUCUCACAUGAGCAGUCAUGCAGUUAGUUCCACUAGUGCUCUUGUUAAUGGUUCCUUUUAUUUUUGGAAAUUCUCUUAGUUAUAGAGGGUUUUAGAAUCUGAGGUGACUCCUCUGUGGAGAAAAGCCCAUAUCAUCUCCUUUAGGAGUUCAGUUGUUCUUUCAGUAUUUUUGUUUUACUUCGAAGAAUGUAUGAUGUGACACUAACAGUCCUUUGCUCUUUGUCUGCCACAUGACUAAAUCUUUCCUUGACCUAAGGAAUAGGGUUGCUUUUUAGAUAAGGACUUGGCAAAUUGUGGCGGAUGUUCUCCCACUAACAGUACUGGUCUGAGGCUUGCUGGGUGAAAUGCUGGACAGCAGAUGAAGGUAUAAAGAUCACGAUAGAAGACAGUGACGCCUAGUGGCAGGAGAAUGACAAAGAUAUUAAUUAGUUUUGGCGCACUGAACUAGUGAGAUAAACAGCCCCGUCAUUUGAAACUGUUGUAUAGUGUGACGUGACUGCUACACAGAUUUAUUUUGCAAAGUAAUAAGACUGGGCAAGCCCAAGCUGUGAAGAAUCUUAGGUCAAGGCAUGUGUUGGAGGCUUUGUGUACUGAUCUGUGGUGGAGCAUAUUGUUUUAAAUGUGUAAGGGAAGCACUGUUUGGUGUAAACAACCCCAUUUUAUUAAUUUUUGGUGGCAAUGUCUUUGAUUUUGUUCUGAGUGAAGGGAGGAGGCUAGUGGUCAGGUUGCCGUGUUCCCUAAUGCACUUUGUGUGAGCACUGAGUUGAAGAGCUGCUCUAUGACGGAGAGGAAACUUCUUAUUGUUAGGUCACAAAUGUAUAGCCAGACCUUGUGGAUAAUGAUGAAGUGGUGGAUAUGUGAAAUUGCCCAUUCAAAGCUAGGCCAAGAGGGUCAUAGUAAUUUUAUACAGCAACGCUAUCUCUUACCCUGCUGAUAUUCAAUAGAGAAAAUCUAAAUUUUGUGUUACUUUCUUAUUUCUAAGCAGGCCAGAAUGAGGUUGCAGUGUUUUGGCAGUGUCACCUGUCUGGACGCCAUCUUGUAGAAAAAAGGCUUCCCUAAAGCUUUAAAUUAUGUACCUCUCUUGAGGGCUUGUGUGUGGAAAAGUAAUGUUGAAAGUACUUUAGAAGAAAGCAGAGGGAUGAAUUCCUCAGAAACAGAACCCAAAUAUGUGAUCCAAAUGCGUAUCUUGCAGAAUCCAAACCUCACUUGCAGUGUUCCAGGGGGAAGGCGGAAGGAUAAGUCGCCAGAUAUCAGAAUGAUGGUGUGCUCUAUGCAGCUUAAAACUUAAAAGGUUUGGAUUUGAUAAAACAAGGUAAUAAAUAUAAAAAUCCUAGCUACAGAAUUCUGAAAAAUCCUAACAGAAAAUGGAAGCAUCAGAAGAGAAAUAAGUUUGGGCCAAGUGUGUAAUUCUUAUAGUGGCUGGCUAAAGGAGGUGAAGUUUCUAUGUGCUAAAAUAAAAGAAAAUGGAGGGUUGGGUUUAGUAGUGAAUUUGGGACUGAAAAAGAGAUUAGGUGUGGUCCAAGCAGACAGGUGGAUAGUUGUGUCAGUGGCACCAGACUUCUAAAGUUUAAUAUUUUGUAUUAUUAAUUUGUGCAAUGUUAUUAAGUGGAUUUAAAAUCUUUUAUUAAAAUUAUUUUUUAUCAUAAUAAGGCAAUCUUUUUAGUAUGCAUCUUAGUGUGAGUUUUUUUUCACGCAAAGACUUGUGGCAUAUCUUGAAAAUCUUUUGCAUGUGUUAACGAUAUAAUUAAUAAUACCUAAGAGCACCUGUUAACCUAAACACUGCUAAACCUGAUAGAACAAGAAAGCUAUGCAAUAAAGCAAAUAACAGCACUCAUUUUAUUUCUGUUGGUUUAAGGGGCAAAGGGAUUUUACAGUCCAGCUAGAAAUGCAACAGGACAUAAAAAUACAGACAACCUUUCUUCUUCAUCUUGAUGGCCUAGAG